AUGAAUAUUUCUUUUGUCCAGCCAGAACCACGGCCAUUGAUAGUAAUGGUCCUCAAUACAGACAACUCAGUGGGCGAAACCUUUAGUAUUGGAUACAUCAAAAUCAAAAUUGCCAGAUAUUAUGAGGGGAAGACAGGUAAGCUUUCCCAGUUUCAUGUCUGCAUCUCUACAUUCUACGCCCUUCUCCACAUUUGCUGUUUUCGAUCAAUUGGUACAAUCAUGGUUCAAUGAUCCACUUCUAUUGCAAUUGAGACGUCGAAUGUCCACAUAGAUCAGAUUCCAUUGCUGACCAAAGGUAUAGACGAUGAUGAGGAUGAAGAAGAGGAUGAAGGCAAUGAAUCCCAGGACAAAUUAGAGGGGAUCCCAGAGGAGCCAAUAGAAACGACAGAAACAAGCGAUACCCCGCUGUCGGAAACCAAGGAUGAAGAUCCACCUUUACAGGAGGGGGAUGGUUCUAAAGAGGAAGAGAAUAAUGACGUACCCAGUUUAACAGAAGAAACUCAGUCCACCGAAAGCGACAAGCCUCCAUCCACGACUGAAGAAUCGAGUGACUCGAAAUUGAUAGAGUCUAGCCCAAACACGGAAGAAAGUCUAGCGAGAGAUAUUACAGAAGCAGGUAUGAACUAUUUAUUGUCUUUGGAUUGCUGAGCUUCCUCUUCACGUGUUCAUGUGUAGCACCUAAUUGAUCUCAUCGGACUCAUUGGAUUGUAUUGUUAACUUUGAGAUAGAGCUGGAGCUAGCAUCGAAUAACAAUAUAGAAAAUCCUUCCGAUCCUACCCCGAAUACAAAUGAUAACACAGCCCCUUCCGUUCCGGACCCUCUACCAAGAGACGACAUACACGAUGACAUACAUGACAACAUACACGACGAUGGGCAUGCCCUGAGCAGAGUAAAUUCGCAUGGAUUGCAUUCGUCACAUCAUGUAGUUCAUUUUGCCGAUGAAAUAGAAUCGACAAGUUCUAAAUCAAGAAGCAAGAGCAAUAAGAGUGGUAAUGAUAAGAAAACUGCUCCACCCGCGGUACCACGCAAGCCUGAGGCUUUAUCUGUUAAAAGAGCAAAGGUAGUAGCGGGAGAAGUUCAAGACCUACUCGGGAAGCUCAGUAGGACCAUCGGAAGUUCAAAUUCACCAUCGGGCGACCCCGAUGAUUCAGAUCCACAAUCAAGGGGCAAGAAAAGGAAGGCGAAGGACGGGAAAGAAAAGCGGCAGUAAGAAAAGUAAGAGCAGACGAAAAGAUGCUUCAGAGUCGGCACUCGUACCAAUACCGCUCGCAUCAAUCUCGAUACCAUCGGAUCCUACAACAAGGAGUAAUGACCCUAUAACGACAUGCAAUGAGGGCGUGGAUUCGGCCCAGGAGCCACAGGAAACUCCAGGAGUUGUUCAGCCAGCAUCGGGUGAGUAUCACUAAUCCUUGAUGGAACUUUGAAAUAUCAAUUUUCGGUUAAUACUCGUAUAUCCAUUUCACACGCUUACUAUCAUCCAAAUAGAUCCCGAACCCGCCGCCAUAUCAGACGAUAAUCCCGGCGAGGACGUAGAAAAAAUCAAUUCCUAUACAAGAGAGUGUUCCGACGCAACCUGAAGUACAUCCAGCCACGGAGGAGAAGUCAACGAGUGAUGCGCCAGCUUUAGAUAACGCACAGGUGGAAGGCGAAGACGUUCCAAGCACGGGGAACAUUCAAUUACGGGAGAGGUCUCUGCGGGUGAUGUCUCAACAGUGGAAGAUGUACAGAGGGAAGUGGGAGAGAUUGCGAAUACGAAAGAAACUCCCAUUGUUUACCAAGACGUCCAAAUUCAUGAAGAAAUUCCUGUUCCAAACGAAGCGCCUGAAAUUACUGACGAUAAGUCUACAACCGCAGAUGGGCUGGACGUGAAUACCGAGGACUCCAGCAGCGAGCCUGUUUCGGAAGCUACAGUAGAAAAUCCGGUCACUAAUGAGGAGGUAUUUCCUCCGGAUGAACAUGGUCCACAAGAAUCCGAGGUAACAGAAGAGAUUCCAAGCAGUGAGGAUGCUUCAACCAUAACCAACGAAAGUUCGGUCCAUAGCGAAGAGUCCUCAGACCCUGUCGAAUCCAUUUCGACAAAUGCCAUCGGCGAAAAGGAUCCGAGUCACAUAGAGACACCUACAAUAAGCGACGAGAUAGAACCGAAGGACGAUGUUCCCUCUAGCGUUGAACCGGCUGUUGUGAAAGAAAGUACAAACCUCAGUCAGGAAGCACCACCUCUUGCUGAACAUGUGUUUGAGAAGGGCAUUGUCUCGGAACCCGAAAGCGAAGCUCAAUUGAGCGAGGAAUCCAUUGAGAACAGUCCUUCCGAAGAACCUAAUAUUCAAGAAGGGAUCAUCAAUUCAACCGAGUCGGCAUCUGUACCUGUCGAGGCAUCAGUCACAAUUGAUAACGGCCUUCAAGCUGUCGACGAGAGGGAAGGAUCUAGUGGCGCCAAUCAAAGACCGUAGGAACUUCAAAAGACACCACUGCGGAGGAACAGGAUACACAGGGCUUGAAAGAUGAGCCUUCUGAGAGACAACGAAGCCGAAAUGCCAAGUCCCGAAAAGCUGGACCCGAAAAUAUUGAUACUCUCGAAGUUGGGGAAGAUCAGGUGGACAAAGAAGCUAUUUUGAACGAAUCUUACUCUGAGGCAAAUGAGGACAUCUCGAAAGAAUUAGAAUCGAGGGACAUCGAUGAUGAUACUGAAACUCAUGGAGGCCCAUCCGAAAAGGUCGAGACAGGUGACGUAGAAGAUCACGUGGAAGAUUCCCACGUCGAGGACGAUAUUGUUCAGGAUUUAGCACCUACAGACGAUAUCAAUGAAGCCCCAGUCGUUGAGACUAACACCGGUGAAGACUCAAGUGCUUUGGAGAAUUCGAAUGCCAAAAGAGAGUCGGAAACAAUUGAGCCAAGCGAUGACAUUCCGAAUGUCCCAGUUCCGGUUUUGGUCGAGGAUUCAACACAGAAUCAAGAGAAAUGCGCUCCCGAGGUAGAUGAACAGAAAUCGGACUUAGAAGUCAAAGAAUUGCCAGCCGACAGCGGAAAUGUUCAGGGAGUCCAGCGAGCGAGGAACCAUCGGAUGAGAAUCAGUUGGAAAAUUCACCAGUCAUAAUUGAGGAAAAUUCGGAGCCAGAAAUUUCCGUGUCAUUCGAACAUACAUCACCCAAAACAGGAGAAAUUAAAGAUAAUCUGAAAAGCGAAGAAGGUCCGAUUACGGUCGACCAACCUUCUAUCGAGGUAGAAAAUCCCAAGAAAUCACAGGAAUUUGAAGAAGCUCCCGCCGAAAUCGAGGAAUCGCAAGAAAUUCAAGCAAAUGAAGGAACAACAGAACAACCCAAAACCGAAGAUUUGCCUUCUGUGGGUGAAGAUGGACCAGGAUUGAAAAAUGCUUCUCCUACCGAAGAUGCGGGAAAUUCUCAUGAAUCUCCAGAAAGCGACGAGAUAGCAGAUUUACUCAUGCCCGAACAAGACGUCAUGAUUGAGGAAACACACGAACAAAAUGAAGAAGAGGGGUCCAUAGAAAAAGACCCAGAAUUGAUUAAGAAAGCUGAAAAAUCUCUACAAGAAGUCGCCCCUCUACCUGAGAUUGACCACAAUGUUACUCCUGUCCAUACUGAAGAUACUUUUGAGCUCUUGGGCGAGAUUUCACAGCCUGAACCUGCAGAAGAAGAACUUAGCACUGAUAUUCCGAAGUCAUCCAUCGAAGAUGAAGAGCAGCAACCUGAGAAUUCCCAUGACGAUUCCCAUCUGCAGAGAAAAUCCCGUCGAAAGCCAGGCAGACAACACCAAGCCUGAGCCAAUGGAAGAACUACCAGCCAAUUCAUCUACCAACGAGCAUGGAGACGGAGUCGAAGUGGAAGAAUUGAACGAAUCCGAUCCAGCCGAGUCCGAAAAUGACGGAACGAGCUGGGAUGGCGAUUCAAGCGAAGAUUCGGAUUCUGGCGACGAGGGCGACCACGAGAAUGAUGAAACGCCUGUCACUGAUGAAAUUCAUUCCGAACCAACUAGUAAGGAGGAAGAUCCGUCCGAGACAGAAGAAACAAAGGUUCCAGUUCUUGACAGUCAAUUGAAUGAAGUCCCGGCUCCUGUUGCAGAAAAUUCACUGGAAUUCGUGACUGAGAAGCAAAAUGUUCAAGCCGAUGAACCGGUUGUCGUUGAAAAUCCCGAUUUUUCUUUUACUCAAGAAGAAACUACAGAGAAACUUCCCGAAUCCGUGGAUAUGAUAGAAAAUAUCCAGUCAGAUGAAACAGUCACCAUUCAAGAGCCUGACAUUUCCGUUCCUCAAGGAGAACCCAUCGAAACCUCGGAAGGACCUGCUGUGAAAGAUUCAUCCGAGUCGGUGGAUGAAAAGAAAAAUACCCCACCGAGCGAGGAAAAGAACAUCGAAGAAAUCCACGUUCCUGUUCCCGAGCAAGAGCAAGAGCAAGAGCAAGCGGUUACCGAAAAUCCAGCUAUUUCUGCUGCAGAAAGUCAUCCAGGACCUGCCAGCGAGGAAGAUAACCCUACUGAAGAUUCAGAAACAGAAGAUCAUGCCGCUCCAGUGCAAGGUUUAGUCGAGGACUUAAAAACAUCGACUUUUGAAGAAAACAGUUCCGAACCAGCGAUUGAGGAGGAAGAACCGUCUCAAUCAGAAGAAAUCGUUACCAGCGAGCAAGUCAAUCUUGCAGCGCCCGUAGAAAAUUCCGCUGAGAACACUGACACCGCCGAAGUUGAAAAUUCUCCCGCACCAGUCGGCGAGGAUGCCCCAAUCGAGACUCCAGAAAACGUCUCGUCGCAGACAACUGACACUCCGUUCCAGAGCAUGAGUCAAAGGAGGUGCUAAAAAUGCCUGUCGAAGAGGAAAUUGAGUACGAAUCGGUCAUCGAGGAUAAAAACCCUAUUCAUUCCGAAGAAUUUGUCUCAGAUGAAGAUCCUGACGCCUCCGUCCCGAAAGAACAAACGGUUGAGUCUGUCAGAACUCCUGCUGGUAAGUUAAUUCAGCAUCCCUCUAUUAACCUCUUUGAUUACAAGACAAAUACUAAGAUAUCAAUAACUAGCCCCGGAAGAAGUAAUCCAGGAUGAGGCCACUGAGGAUGUUACUGCUCGUAAGUAUAUCUAUAUCUUACAAAUGAGUGAAUAAGUUCAAGCGGAUAACAAAAUAUCAAUAGUCACAGAUGAAGAGCCUGAAACCAUCGAUGACGAUCAAAGCACUGUAGACGAUGAUGAAAUAGCAGAGAAUGCGGAAGCUACACUAGCUGGUAAGUGUUCACCGAACAGGAAGAUUUUAAUCCAAUAGCAUUUGCGGUAAACUAAUUCUUGACUCAACAGAACUAGAAUCUGCACCUGUCGAUUCUAUACUUGUUCAGACAGUGGUAGUUGAAGAACCACUGGUAGAAACACCCCCAGAGGAGGAUAUUUCAGAAAAAUACGCUGGUAAGUGUUGAGAGAAUUUAAUUUGUAAUUUUGGAAGGGGCUAAAGAUUCCAGAACCAGAUUCAACACCAACGGAGACUAUUCCCACGGAAGAGCCCGAUACAGAAGAUCAAGUCGCCGAACAACCCACCGCAGAUUUAACCCAGGACAUUCCAGCUGGUUAGUAUAUUCAUGGCCAAUUUUCGCUCCACCUUGCCCAAUGAAAGAAGAAGCUCAUAUUAAGAUAUAGAAACCGAGUCUGAGUCCACACCGACUGAUACUACUCCUGCUCCCGUCCAAGAGCCAGUAUCCUUGGAGCUCCCACUAGAACCAGAAGCCGGUAAGUGUCCAUUAGGAUAUGAAUUCCUCUCGAACAGGGCUUUAGAUCCCGUACAUCGAGCUCCCCGCAGAGAUGUCAAGCUCAUCAAUAUCUCCUCAGCAGCCAACGAUCCGAUUCCAGAGCCUGAACCUGUAGCUGUAGAA